GCACCAAUUUAUAAUAAUGCAAUAAUAUUUAUGAGCAAGUACAUCUGCUAUUCGUUCGUCAGUUUUUAUGCGUUACUAGCUAAUUAGCCUGAAACCUUCCCGUGUAAAUUAAUGUGUCCUUUGCAGGCAAACUCUUUAAACGCUGGUAGUUUUGUGUACAUUUAAACCACGUAUUUUUGCAUAAGCGACUAAUGUUUUGUUUAAUUUCCAGUUUAGAUCCGCCCCUGUUAUUCGACGCGGCGCCUUUUCAGCGUCGUCCAUGCCACAGUACACAAUUUCAGCGCAUUUUCUACAUUUUUUCAAUCGAUAGCUACUGCUACGGAAGCCAACAUUAAAUUUCCCGACCGAAAAACUGGAAUUUGCUUUAAAAAUGGCCCAGUCUCAAGUGCGUCAAAAUUUCCACAAGGAUUGCGAGGACGCGAUUAACAAGCAAAUCAAUUUGCAGUUGUUCACUAGCUAUACGUUCGUAUACAUGGCUUACCAUCUCGAAAGAGAUAAUGUAGCUCUACCUGGCUUUUCCGAGAUAUUCAAGUACGCCUCAGAUGCAGAACUGGAACAUGCAAAACGUUUGAUGAACCAGCUGAACAUCAGAGGCGGCAGGAUUGUUUUAAUGGCCAUUGAGGCACCAGAAAAGCAGGAAUGGGGCACAGUCGUGGAGAUCAUGCAGGACGCUUUGGAGCUGGAGAAGCGCGCUCAUGAGGGCAUGUUGCAUCUUCAUAGCGUCGCGUCAGGGCAUCAGGACGUGAAUUUGUGCCAUUUUGUGGGUACUCUCAUGCAAACGCAGGUGUGUUAUAUUAAGAAUUUUGCCGAUGCGGUGUCCGGCUUGAAGCGUAUAGGGGAAGGUUGGGAGCUCGUUAUAUACGAUUACCAGAUGGCCCCACUUGGUUAUGGAACUGAUACUUCUAGUACCUAUAACUGACUUUUCUUUUCGUGACUUUAACUCGACCUUCAACCGAACUGAUAAUUCACUGCCGAACUGAAAGAUGACACAUUUUUUCACAUUUUCAUACUCUUAAAUAACGAAUAGGGAAGACAGGCGAAAAUAGCGCAAUAAACUUAGCCAAUUUUGGACAUAUACUGUAUUCCACAUGAAUAAAAUAUGUUGCUCAAGUAAA